GUUUGCUUAUCUCUUAUCCUUUAUUGAAUUUUAACUUGAUAUGCUUAUUCAUCCUGACAAGAAGAGUAGCAAGAAGUUUGUCAGUCUUGCUUGCUAGUGAAUGGAAUGUAAUUUUACCUACUACUUUGCUGACCAGGUAGAUCCCUCUCCAACGACUGGUUCCCUUACUAAGUAUCUAGCAGCGCAAGCCUCUGUUGCUGCCAGUUCAUAUCAUGUAACAGCAGUGUGCUCUGAUGCCUUUGAUGAAAGAAAAUCCAGCUGCUUUGAGUUUAGGCUCCCUUCUUCUUCAAACAUGGCUCCUGCAGAUAUGAGUCAUCAGAGAAGUGAAAAGUCCCUGCAUAUCCAAGGUCAGUCAACACCAGUUAAAACUGAGAUGGCAAGCUCCUCGAAUGAUUUGAGUCUCUCGGUACCUGUUCCCUUGGCUACUUCUGGUUCUAGUGCACCUGCUGAAGUUGAUUUUGAUGAACCAAACCAGGCUGGUCACCCCCAUGGUGGGAUACAGGUGGCUCAGUCUGAUCAUAGAGGAAGUGGCCCUCCAAUGUCAUCUGAUGAUGGUUACAACUGGAGAAAGUAUGGACAGAAACAUGUUAAAGGAAGUGAAUUUCCAAGAAGUUAUUACAAAUGUACACAUCCUAAUUGUGAAGUGAAAAAGCUUUUUGAGCGCUCACAUGAUGGUCAGAUCACAGAGAUAAUAUACAAAGGUACACAUGAUCAUCCUAAACCUCAACCAAGCCGCCGCUAUUCUUCUAGUAAUAUUGUGUCAGGCCAAGAAGAAAGAUCUGAUAAAUUGUCAUCUCUGACUGGAAGAGACGACAAGUCAUCUAAUAUAUGCAGUCAGAUGCUGCAUGCCAUUGAACCAAAUGGUAACUCUGAACUCUAUCCUGUCACAGUAAAUGAUGAUAAUGUUGAUGAAGUUGAUGAUGAUGACCCAUUCUCAAAACGAAGGAAGAUAGAUGGGGGGAUUGAUAUCACUCCUGUGGUAAAGCCAAUCCGUGAGCCACGUGUGGUUGUGCAGACUCUGAGUGAAGUUGAUAUACUGGAUGAUGGGUACCGGUGGCGCAAAUAUGGGCAGAAAGUUGUGAGAGGGAAUCCCAAUCCAAGGAGUUAUUACAAGUGCACAAAUGCUGGAUGCCCUGUCAGGAAACAUGUGGAGCGAGCAUCACAUGAUCCUAAAGCCGUUAUAACCACAUAUGAAGGGAAACACAACCAUGAAGUACCUACUGCAAGGACUAGUAGUCAUGACACAGCAGGAACAGCUGCCAUGAAUGGACCACCAAGGAUUAGAUCCGAAGAAAGUGAUUCAGUCAGCCUUGAUCUUGGGGUUGGGAUUAGUUCUGUUCCUGAAAGCAGUUCAAACCAGCACCAGCAAGUGCAUCCUGAUCUAGUCCAAAUCCAUACGCAGACUAGCAGUUCCAGCUUCAAAUUUGUUCAAACAACCCCAAUUGCAGCAUAUUAUGGUGUUCUAAAUGGUGGCAUAAGCCAGUAUGGAUCUAGAGAAAGUCGAAGUGAAGGCCAUGGUGUUGAACUUCCACCUCUAAACCAUUCUUCAUACCCUUAUCCACAGAGCAUGGGAAGAAUACUAACGGGUCCCUAAAUUUGUUAGAUGGGAAGGAAAAAAUAAUAAAAAAGGGACAGAACUUCUACUUUUCUUUAUUCUGGAGAGUUAAAAAAACAAGGCAGAACUAUGUUAGGGUUUACUCUUUGCUGCUGAUCUUUGUUAACUGCCUUCUGUUGCCAUACUCACUGAUUGUAUUAACUUUUGAGUUUGUAUAAAUAUGGAUCUAAUACAGGUAUUAUUUGCUACAAAAAACAGUGCUGUAAAAUCAAGUUCUUGAAAUGGA